AUGGGUAACCGCGGGCCGCGUCGGGGUGUACGCGCCGCAUACCGAAGCGAUCCAACGGCCGCCCAGUGUACAAAGAAGCAGGAGCCAACGCCACAGUCGGGAUCGGAUGACUCACCUGGCCCGGAAGGUCGCAGCCAGCCAGAGAUUCUGUCGAUCCGCUGGAAGAAGCCGCGAGGAGCCGUCGUGAUCCAAUACGCGGACGGAAGUCGAUACAAAGGAGGUGUGGAUGAAGAGGAGAGGCGCCAUGGAACAGGUGUCCACAUUCUGCGAUCCGGCCACGUAUUUGAGGGCGGAUGGGUGCACGGGGACUUCGAAGGAUUUGGUAUGCAGACCUUUGCCGGUACCGGUGAUUGCCAUGAAGGCAUGUAUCGUAAGAACCACCGCCACGGAACGGGAACGUACUUGUGGGCCAAUGGUGACAAAUAUGUUGGCAAUUGGCGAGUCGGCAAGAUGCAUGGCAACGGCACGUUCUUUUGGAAGAACGGUGACAGCUAUGACGGUGAAUGGAAAAGAGGGAUGAUGCAUGGCAAAGGCAAGAAGAUUUUCUCAACCGGAGAAAUGAUUGACGGUGGAUGGAGGCACAACCAGGUUAGCGGAUGGGGUAUCAAGAUGUUUACCACCGGGGACAAAUACGAGGGCUAUUUUGUCAAGGGCGAGCGCGAAGGGUUUGGCAAGUACCAGUGGGUGGGUGGAGACUCCCAUGAAGGCACGUGGCAUCAAGGUAUGAUGCACGGCAAAGGCGUGUUUACGACGGCGGGAGGUUCACUGCACGGCACGUGGACAAGCGGUGAGCUGAACGGUCAGGGUGUGCAUCGCUUCCAAUGUGGGAGUGUCUACACUGGCGAGUAUAAAGCUGGUGAGCGACACGGUAUCGGUACACUGACGUUCGCGUCAGGUGAAGUAUACGAAGGCGAAUGGCAUACGGGCGAGAUGCAAGGCUACGGAUCGUGGUCCUCACCUGACGGGAGGAAAUACAUCGGUACGUGGGUUCAUGGUUUCCCGUCCGGUCGGGGUAUUUUCUGUCGGGAACACGAUGAAGAAGACGAGGAAAACGGCGACGGGGACGAGCUCAUCGCUGAACCGAGGCCUCCGUAUGAAGUUGGAGUGUUCAAGCGAGGAAAACUUACAACUAGCGGUAAGCACUAUUUCAUCGGCCGACUAACUGCGCCAUCCUAG